AUGACGAUUUCUCAAUUGGACAAGAAGUUCAGUGAAUUGGAACGUUUUGGGGAUAACUUGGUCAAUAUGCCGUUACGAAGAGCAAGAAAACUUCAGGAUGCCUUGAAACCUGCUAUUCGUGCUAGGUUAGUACCAUGUCGCCUCACCACUUAUGAUGAUGUUAUUGAAACUGCAUUAGCUAUAGAAGCGGAUUGGAUCAAAAACCAAAAGGAAAGGGAGCCGAGAGAUCUCAAGAGGAACCAGAAGACGGACCCAUCGACUCAUCGAAAACGUCCACGUACAGAUAACAUUGGGAAAGUCGUUGCACCAAAACCUUGUUUUCACUGUGGGGUAGUGGGUCACUACGCGAGGGAUUGUCCUAAGUCAAAGCCACCUGGACAACUAAAUGCAAUCUCGGGGUGUUAUCGUUGCGGGAAGGAUGAUCAUUUUGUAAGGGAGUGUCCUUUACCUGCACCACCUAGGCCACCAACUCAGAAUUAG